AUGCAGCAAAGGGGCCUUGGCACCCCAGUGAACACACUCCCAGUGGUAGAAGAACCCCAAACCAAUGAGCCCCAACCUACCCCUGAUCGCCUUCAAACCAGCAGCCGCGGCGCCGGGGUACGGGAGAGAAGAACCGAAGAAGAGGAAGAGCCGGAGGCCCGAGUCCACGGAAGAAGGGCGAGGGAGAUGAUAGAAAAUGAGCAGGCUGACAACUAUUCCGCCGAGACAACCAGGUGGACCAGGAGUGAAGCAGAGGAAGAGGAGUAUCGCCUAGAGAAAAAACCCAGGCCGAAAGAUGAAGAUGUGGACCAAAAACUGCAGAAGUUGAGAGAGCAGCUUUUGGUCGAGCUGGGAAAGAAAGACCAAAGCCAAACCUUCCUGCCCACUUCUUCGCCUUUUUCGAAAAGAGUGAUGAUGCAAGGUGCGAGUCAGUUUGUGGAGUCAGAUCCAUCUGAGUGGGAAGGUAUGGACACUUUUUCUCCCGUUCUGCCAAGAGUGCAGUCAGGAGGAGUUGGCAGUAAGGAAUCAUCAAGGAACCCUGAGAUGUCGCGAGAGGGAAACAAAGAAGGAAUGGAGCAAGGAAGAAUGUCCGGAGACAGCAUGCGAGAAGAGAGGAUGGAUGUGCAAAGGAGGGAUGUAGGUGUGCAAGUGAAUAUGGAUGAAGAAAGGAUGGGCAACUCGGAAGAUGAUGCGCAGACGAAGGAGUCCAAGAUCUCAAGCUCAGGAGAAGUUGAGCCCUCCAUUCUGAGCACAGCUGCGAAAAGAGAGCAAAAGAGGGUUAGAGGCCUUAAGGGGUCAAAGAAGCGAGAGUUUUGGCAUAGGAAAAAGGCUAGUCUGGGGGGUAGAGGGAGAGUAAAAUGUGUGAGCUGUGGCAGGCCGCAUAAGGGAGUGUGUCUUGCACGGACAACGGCAUGUUUCAAAUGUGGACAAGAAGGGCACUUUGCGCGUGACUGUCCUACUUCGCCCAGGGUGGUACAAGCCUAG